CCGCGGUGGGCGCCCUGAGUGAAGAGAAGAUGUUGGGGUGGAAUGGUGUGAAAAUGCAGGGAAUGAAAUAAAAGUUUACUGUUGGCGACGGAGGAGGAAGGGAAGCUGCUAUAAGUGACUUUCGGCGUCCUCAUUUGGAGAGAAAAUGACUUGAAGUCCGUGACGCCUGCCGCGCUGUGAAGGAGGGCCUGACAGCUGCUAAUGGGAACCACUCAUCCGCCAUGAGUGCUUGCGAUGGCGUCGGUGGCAUGGGCACUCUGGGACGGCGGCAGAGAUUUGAGAACUCAGAAUUCACUGUGCGCGUCUACCCAGGCACCCUGGCCGAAGGCACCAUCUACUGUCCGAUCAGUGCCCGAAAGACUACCUCAGCUGCUGAGACCAUCGAACGCGUCAUUGAGCGACUCCACCUGGACCGCACCAAGUGUUAUGUGCUGGCAGAGGUGAAAGAGUUUGGUGGGGAAGAAUGGAUUCUCAACCCCACCGAUUGCCCUGUGCAGAGAAUGAUGCUCUGGCCCCGUGUGGCACUCGAGCAUCGCUCUCUAUCUGGAUGCGAAGAUUACCGCUUCCUUCUACGGCUUAAGAAUCUGGAUGGUUCAAUUUACUAUGGGGGCAGCCUUCAGAUGUGGCUGCAAGUUACAGAGGAGCGCAGGCGCAUGGUGGAACGUGGAUUAUUACCACAGCCCGAAUCGCAAGGUGAUCAUGCCGAUUUAUGUCGUCUACUUGAACUCAAUGAGCGUUCGCUGCUGGAUAACCUGCGCUCACGUUUCCGCCAGGAAAAGAUCUACACCUAUGUUGGGAGCAUCCUCAUUGUCAUUAACCCCUUCAAAUUUCUGCCCAUAUACAAUCCCAAGUAUGUGAAGAUGUAUGAUAAUCACUCACUGGGCGAUUUAGAGCCUCACAUCUAUGCAGUAGCUGAUGUUGCUUACCAUGCAAUGCUGCAGAGACAGAGGAAUCAGUGCAUUGUUAUAUCUGGGGAAAGUGGCUCUGGCAAGACUCAAAGCACAAACUUUCUUAUUCAUCAUCUGACUGCGCUCAGCCAGAAAGGUUUUGCCAGUGGAGUGGAGCAGAUAAUCUUGGGGGCAGGUCCAGUAUUAGAGGCAUUUGGCAAUGCAAAGACAGCUCACAAUAACAACUCAAGCCGCUUUGGUAAAUUCAUCCAGGUCAACUACCAGGAAAAUGGGACUGUGAGAGGAGCAUAUGUAGAGAAGUACCUCUUAGAGAAGUCAAGGCUGGUCUAUCAGGAGCACAAUGAGCGGAACUACCAUGUGUUUUACUACCUGCUGGCAGGAGCGAGUGAAGAAGAGAGAAAAGCCUUUCACCUCAUGAAACCUGAAGAAUACCAUUACCUCAGUCAGAUGACAAAGAGAACCCACCGACUGCACUGGGACAGUUACUGUCAGAGUGAAGCGGACUGCUUUACAGUUGAAGGAGAGGAUCUGAAUCAUGACUUUGAGAGGCUACAGCUGGGAAUGGAGAUGGUGGGCUUUCUUCCUUCCACCCGAAAACAGAUCUUUUCUUUGCUAUCAGCCAUCCUCCACCUGGGCAACAUUCGCUACAAGAGAAAAACCUACAGAGAUGACUCUAUUGACAUCUGUAACCCAGAGGUGCUGCCUGUGGUCUCAGAACUCCUGCAGGUCAAAGAGGAAAUCUUGAUUGAAGCUCUGACAACACGGAAGACAAUUACUGUGGGCGAGAAGUUGAUUGUCCCAUACAAACUGGCCGAGGCGGGCACAGUGAGAGACUCCAUGGCAAAGUCAUUGUACAGUGCACUGUUUGACUGGAUUGUCUUCAGGAUCAACCAUGCUCUGCUUAACAUCAAGGACCUGGAUGAACCCACCAAGAUCUUAUCCAUCGGGGUGUUAGACAUUUUUGGUUUUGAGGACUACGAGAACAACAGCUUUGAGCAGUUUUGCAUCAACUUUGCCAAUGAGCGUCUCCAGCACUACUUCAAUCAGCACACCUUCAAGCUGGAACAGGAGGAGUACAGGGCGGAGGGCAUCAACUGGAGAACAAUUGACUACAUUGACAAUACAGGCUGCAUCAGUCUCAUCAGUAAGAAGCCUACAGCUUUGUUCCACCUGCUGGAUGAGGAGUGCAACUUUCCACAAGCCACCAACCAGACAUUGUUGGACAAAUUCAAGCGGCAGCAUGAGGGAAAUAGGUACAUCGAGUUCCCUGCUGUCAUGGAGCCUGCCUUCAUUAUCCGACACUAUGCUGGCAAGGUCAAGUACGGUGUCAAGGAUUUCAGGGAGAAGAACACGGACCAUAUGCGACCAGACAUUGUGGCGCUGCUGAAAAGCAGCAAGAAUGCCUUUAUCUGCAGUCUGAUUGGCAUCGAUCCAUCAGCUACCUUCCGCUGGGCGGUACUUCGUGCUUACUUCAGGGCCAUGGUGGCUUUCAGACAGGCUGGAAAGAGACACACACCCAAGAGGGCUGGGCAUGAUGACGCUGCUCCCUGUGCAGUUUUGAAAAGUGUGGAUAAUUUUAGCUUUCUGCAGCACCCUGUGCAUCAGAGAAGCUUAGAGAUCCUUCAGAGAUGCAAAGAGGAGAAGCACACUCCCGAUGAGAGUGACAAUAGACAAAUUGAUGAGACUGAAAACGGUGUGAGCAGAAGGAGUCCACACACACAAGUAUCAGAUCGUCAUGGGAGCAACACCAUCAAUGAGAACGGUCCACGAGGUCCUUCAGGUGUUGUCUGGAACGGGCUUGUGGGUCGACAAAGCCGCAGAUCAUCCAGCAGUUCCACCACAGGUGAAGAUGGCCUCUUUGUCAAGUCUGCCAGCAGCAAGCUUCUGGAGCGAGCCCAUGACAUCCUCAUGAGGAACAAAAACUACAAAGCAAAGCCAGUUCUUCCAAAGCACUUAUUGAAUGUCAAGUCACUGAAGUACCUCAGCAACCUGACGCUUCAUGACCGCAUCACCAAGUCGCUACUUCAUCUUCACAAGAAGAAGAAACCACCCAGUAUCAGUGCACAGUUCCAGGCCUCUCUUAAUAAGCUAAUGGAGACCCUGGGUCAGUCUGAGCCUUAUUUUGUCAAGUGUAUCCGUUCCAAUUCUGAGAAGCUACCCUUGAGGUUUAACGACAACCUGGUGCUGAGGCAGCUGCGUUAUACGGGUAUGCUGGAGACUGUGCGCAUCCGACAGUCAGGCUACAACAUAAAGUACAGCUUUAAGGAUUUUGUCCAUCACUUCUAUGUGCUCUUCUCAGAGAGCACCAAUACCACAAGAGAGGACAUCCAGCACUGGCUUGACCAGCAGGACCUGAAACCAGAUGGGUAUCAAGUCGGCAAGACAAUGGUGUUUCUCCGGGUGGCAGAGCGUCAGCAGCUGCAGGCCAAACUCCACGGUGAGGUUCUCAGGCUCAUCAUCACGCUGCAACAACGGUUCAGAGCUCGACUGGCGAGGAAGCAGUUUCUUAGAAUGAGAGCAGCAGCAGUCAGCAUCCAGAAAUGGUGGCGCUUUUACCGACCCACGGAAGACGAGGAAGAGCAAAUGGAGGAAAAUGCCCAUGAGGAGGCAGCAUUGUGCCUCCAAACACAUUGGCGGGGGUACCGGGAACGUCAGAGAUUCGCAUUGUGGAAGGAGGCUGCGUUGGUGCUGCAGAGGGCAUGGCGACUGUGGCUGUGUCGUCGCUGCACUGCAGCGCUCGUCAUUCAGACGGCCUGGCGCUGUCAUCGAGCGAGAGAAGCUUAUUUGUGUCUAUAUGCUGCUGCCGUGCGCCUCCAGGCUAUAAUCAGAGGCUACCUUGCUCGGGAGCGCUUCAGAGAACUGACCAAGCAGAAACUUAGAGAGCGCAAGUGUCAACUUCGGAAUGGACAGCUGAGCUUUUCACCAGAAGAGGAGCCAUUUGAGAAAGUCAUGGGUUUGGACCUGAGCACUUGGGAGGAACCAGAAAGGACGCCAAGUGUCUUAAGCAGCACAGAUGGAGAUUUGAAGGAGGAAGGAGCAGGAGGAGAAUAUUCCAUCUCACCUACAUGGCACUCAGAAUCAACUACGUCCACAGUUGUGGUACGAGAGAAGCUCAGAGCAACUGAUGAACUCACCCAGAAAGCCACCCGGGCCAAGAGAGAGAGCCGGCGGAGGCGAGAGCUGGAGCAAGCCAAAUUCAGUCUGGAGCGCCUCAAGGUCCGUGCAACCUGUGGUGAAAACUCGCCCACUUCUGAGGAAAGGCGCUGGUCUGUUGAGCUGGUGCCCUCCAUCACUCCCCCUCUGUGUUCCCCACAGGGCACACCUGAUAGUCAGAGCUCCAAAGGCAGCUUUGAACUCUUAAGUAUUGAGGAUGCUCCCAAAGCUACAGAGGAGGUAACUGACAGUGAGGACCUUUGCUCGCCUAUUGGCUCACUCAUAGCACUCUCAGAUCCAAGUAUGGAGGCUCUCUCCAUAAGCCCAAAGACAGAGGGAUUGAACAGGGUGCCAGCUUCAGAUGCCGGAAGCCAUUCUCAGCAAAAUAUAGAACCGACCAUCUCCUCCACUCAUCCGUCCAAACUCGAGAACUACCUCCCGACUUUUUAUGUCCCUGCUAGUGAAAGCACCACUGCCAUUCUUCGUCAUCCAAGUGCGGCACCCGUACAGAAUACAAAGAUUCCCGUAUCUACAACUACCACCAUUCAACCCUCAAAAGAAAGGCGAGAAUCAACACUGAGGCCGAUGGUGGUGGUCAUCAGUAUGCAGAAAGAAUCCCCACUGAGUGAAGAGCUGAAGGAGCUGGUGUAUCCCUGUGUUGAGGUUUGUAGCUCAGGGUCUCAGAAGAAGAUGCAAGGGCAUGUUCCGGCUCCCGUACUUCAUGUGCCCUACCCUGUUUCCUCUGUUCCCCCUGAGGUUGAUCAAGUUGUCUUGGAGAAGCUGGUGCGGCUGAACGAGGAGAAGGAGGAGAGGCAGCGUAAUCAGCAACAACAGAAUGAGAGAGAAAUGAUGGCGCAGAUACGGAAACAGAAAGAAGCUUUAGAGUGUCAGCGCCUUUUCUUUGCCCAGAAUGAGAGAGAGAUGCUUGAGAAACAGAGGGUCGAGGCUCUGCAGAAGAUACAGCGGAGCCAGCGGAGUGAACCAAAUACUGGUGGAUCUGCCACUUCUAGCACACCACCAAGACCUAGAUCUCUGCUCAUUGAGAGAACAUCAGCAAUAGUACAUCAUAGUAGAACCCAGUCAGAAUCAUCUGACCAUUCGGUACACUCCUCACAACGGGGGAGUAUCCCCAGCAGAGCCGCUAUUCCCCAGCUACUUCCGCCACCUGCUUCUGCCCCCACUGAGAGGCGUAAGGACAGCAGGUAUGCUGUGGAGGGCUGGGCCCCCAAACUCACCCUGGAGUCCAAAGAUGGAGCUACCAGAGCGACAGCUGCCAAGAAAGUGCAAAGUAAUCAGGCCUCCGGAGUCUUUCGGACAGGCAACCCAGGCAACCUCUUCUUCGCUCCCAAAGACAAAGUAACCUUGGCUAAAUUUGAGGGCGUUAACGUCACCAAAGAGCCGCUCCAAGCUAGCCCCUCAGAGGGCCCUGCGUAUGUUUCCCGACUACCUAAAGCAACAAAACCACGUGAUGUGGGCAGAGUCGGGCGGAAAAAGAAAGCCCGAAUGUCACGGACUCGCUCCGACUUCCUCACCCGUGCACCUGUCCCUUCUGUUGGGGACGAUUCAGAUGAGGAUGACAAUGAUGCCACCAGUCCCGAACAUUCCCCCCUCCCCCUUUCCAAGCAGAGCUCCACGGAGGAAGGCUUCGGAGGCUCGUGUUUUAGUGACUCCGACAUGCCUGCAGGUCCAGAAGCAAAGAGUCUACACAAGGUUUUGUCGUCUGAAGAUUUAAGAAAAGUGAACUCUUUGCGCAAGAACUCACGAGAUGGAAGCAGAGUUCGCGGAAAGAUGCGUUUCUGGGGCAAGACUAAACACAGUGAUAAGAAGACCUCCAGAGAGAAGCUGAUCUGUGGGGCCGAUUCCCUGGAAGGAGAGAAUGGAGAGGCUGGACUAUUGCUGAGAGAAGGUCAAGAAACCCUGUCACCUUGUUGCAGUCCUGACGCGACCUUGGACCGAGGUUUCAGAGACUUGAAAGAGAAUAAGGAACCUUCUCCCAAGUUGAAGCGAAGACGGAGUAUAAAGAUCAGCAAUGUGGCUGUGGAACCUAUUCAGUGGGCAAGUGAUAGCCUGCAGAUCAUCACCUGCACCAAUGACUACAGAAGCAUGAAUGAUUUUCUAAUGAAGAAGAUUAAUGACUUGGACACAGAGGACAGCAAGAAGGAUACCAUGGUGGACGUUGUCUUCAAAAAAGCACUGAAGGAAUUUCGUUUAAAUAUCUUCAACUCCUAUUCCACAGCCUUGGCGCUGGACGAUGGUAAGAGCAUCCGCUACAAAGACCUCUACGCUCUGUUUGAGCAAAUCCUUGAGAAGACAAUGCGGCAGGAGCAGAGAGACUGGAGAGAGUCUCCCGUCAAAGUUUGGGUUAACACCUUUAAAGUCUUCUUGGAUGAGUUCAUGACUGAGUAUAAACCUCUGGAGAGCACACAAACUAAGCAACCUAAACCUGAACGUAAAAAGCGGAGGAAGAAGGAUGCAGACAUUGUAGAGGAGCAUAAUGGGCACAUCUUCAAGUCCACCCAAUAUAGCAUCCCCACAUACUGCGAAUACUGCUCAUCGCUCAUUUGGAUGACGGAACGUUCCUGUGUUUGCAAAUUGUGCCGUUAUGCCUGCCACAGAAAGUGCUGCCAAAAGACGACCAGUAAAUGCAGUAAGAAGUUUGACCCAGAGCUUUCCCCAAGACAAUUUGGGGUUGAGGUGGCGCGGCUGAUAAAUGAUGAGCGAACAGUGCCCCUUGUGGUGGAGAAGCUAAUCAACUACAUCGAGAUGCACGGCCUCUACACUGAGGGUAUCUAUCGCAAAUCAGGCUCCACCAAUAAAAUUAGAGAACUCAAACACGGACUUGACACAGAUGUGGAGAGCAUGAAUCUGGACGACUACAACAUCCAUGUGAUUGCGAGUGUGUUCAAGCAGUGGUUGCGAGAUCUCCCGAGUCCUCUUAUGACGUUUGAACUGUAUGAGGAGUUUAUACGUGCUAUGGGUUUGCAGGAUAGAAAAGAAAUGAUUAGAGGCGUGUAUUCAAUUGUUGACCAGUUAAACAGAACGCACCUGAACACACUGGAACGCCUCAUAUUUCAUCUUGUCAGGAUUGCUUUGCAAGAGGAGACAAACCGUAUGUCGGCUAAUGCCUUAGCCAUAGUUUUUGCCCCUUGUAUCCUGCGAUGUCCAGACACUAUUGAUCCACUUCAGAGCGUUCAGGACAUCAGCAAGACCACAGCGUGUGUCGAACUUGUCAUUUUUGAACAGAUGACAAAGUACAAAGUGCGCCUCAAAGGCAUCAAUUCCCUGGAGUUUGCAGAAAAUGAGGCCAAAUGCAGACUGACCUUCAUCCGAAGAUCAAUGGGAAAAAGUCAGUUUCGACGUCUAAGCUUCCACUCGCCUUCACCUCCUGCUAGCCCGGGAUUUACGUCUUUGACAGACACCUUAAAAGAGGAGAGCGAAGGAGAGGAGGGAAUUGAGUCUUUGGUUGAAAUCUCCGAGCAUCAGCACGCAGUAAUGGCGCAGGAGGAGAGAGUGCUGACCGAGAAAAUUGAGAACCUGCAAAAAAAGAAAGAGGAGCUGACUUUUGACAUGCUGGCUCUGGAGCCACUAGCAUCCGAUGAUGAGACUCUGGAGUCAGAGGCCUCUAUCGGUACAGCUGACAGCUCUGAAAACCUCAAUGUAGACUCUGGAGUCAUUUCGGACUUCUCUGAGAGAGGGCCAGUUUUUGCUUCCACUUGGUCACGAAUAUCUGAUGGGAAGAGCCCACGACAUCGUAGUCUGAGACGACAACCCGACUCCCUGGAUUCAACUGAUUCUUACUCUAUUUCUGUUUCCUCCUCCUCAUCACACUUACAGCUGUUACCUCCCCCCGACUCCAAUACCAGCCGUGGUUUUCUCUUCCACUCUGCCUCCAAGUCUUCCUCUUCAAGCUCAGGUGCAUCACUGGCCCCGAAUGCACCUCAAGCUUCUUGCUCUGACAGUUUAAAUUGCAGUCCUUCAGCAGAGCUGGAGAGCAUGUUUGACGAAAGACCACAGUUUACCAGCCACGGCACCUUCAAUCCGGAGAGAGGCAAACAGAAACUUAGGGGGGUAAAACAUUCAUCCCAGAGGCAUACCAGAGAAGGCGGUGGUCACAGCAGGGAGCCACCCGACAUACAGCAGCAGCUUGUGUUGUAUGGCAGCAAUGAAUUCAUGGUAUGAAGGAAGCCAUGAUGACAUUCCCUGGAUGCACACUUAUUUAGCCUUUUAACCUGUCAAAGAAUUGUACCGAAGUGCCCUGUAUAGUGUUCCCAACACCGAUGUAGGGGUACAAGAUGGUCAGCAGAAAGAGGUCCCAUGCUCUCACAGUGCCUUGGCAGAGGAGACGUGAUGGUCUGGACGAGGGAGCAAAGGGAAUGUUUGAAUAUGCAAAAGACCACAAGAAUCAGUGAAUAUUCCAGGGAUGAAAAGCAGAAGUAUUGUACAAAAAUAAAAUGUGACUUCAAGGAUAA